CCCGCGAUAUCGGGGUUCCAAAGUAUUUAUUCAUUGAACGCUUAUCUGAUCAGACACUGUAUCGUGAUUUGCUCAUCCCGCCACUCCGCAAUUAAAAUCCAUUCUCCCUUCAGGUACCGAGUGUAACAUAACUUGAUAAUUAUUUUAUCCCCUCUUUCAACUCAAGACUGUCGCACCCAAUUUGAAGAGAAAUAUCCCCCCAUAUCAAUUAUGGCCUUCUCACUUGCUUCCCGCCGGGUAUUUAGUCCCUUCAACAAGACACUCCGCAUCUCUUCCCGAGUGUUCUCGACCCAUCCGGUUCUCCGCAGUUCCGACGACAAACCCAGCAUCGCAUUUGGAAGCGGCCCUGCCCCUCCCCGUCUACCCAAGGAAGAACAGGAAAUCUUUGAAGAACUUCAAAGGAAAUCCACCGGCGCCUUCAGCACCCCGCAGAUUAACCAAUCCCCCAACUCCGCACCUGUCAAUGAAAAUCCCGAAUUCAAGGCGACAGGGGACGGAGAAGAGCUUCACCCGGACUUGCGAGGCGGUGUCAAGCCGGAAUUCGAGGGCGAACAGAAUCCUAAGACGGGCGAGAUAGGUGGACCAAAAAAUGAACCACUGCGUUGGGGUGCUGAAGGAGAUUGGAGCUAUGGGGGACGUGUCACUGAUUUCUAAGUGGCGAUGAAUCGAUUUGGCACAUUGUCAACAAAGCGCUGUAUAUUGAAUUCUUGGGGAGAGGUAAAUCUUUGCUUGGUUGCAUCUGUCGGCGUUGCUUGUAAAAAUAUCUGGACGAAAUGGGCAAGCUAUGGAAGCUGCUCCUUUUAUGUCUCCUUGUUACUUUAUCUUGCUUGGCAAAUAUCUGCAAUAUACUGUUGAACAAUAUAGCCAAUGUGGCGAAGAA